UGUGCUCUGGGCUUGGAGGGAGAGGUGGUGGCAGAGGACCAUUGUGGGCAGCUCCUUGUUGAGAGGCUUGACAAAGAGCUGCUCUAGUGGUGAUGGGCAGCCAGUGGUGGAGGCCCCCCCAAAUCUGCCUCUUGAGGCAACUGCCUCUCCUUAACUCAUAGAAGGCAACAGGGCCAGUGGUCUGACUUGGUAUAGGCCAUGUACCUCCUUUCAAGAUAUUCCCUCACUGGAGGUCUUCAGGCAAGAGGCUGGACAGCCAUUUCUUCUGGGAAUGCUUUAGAUCUGCAUUUCCUGCAUUGAGCAGGAGGUUUGACAAGAUGGCCCGUCAGGCCAUCCAACUCCUUAUAUCUGUGAUUGUGUAUUAGCAUACACAGAAAGUUUACUUUGUCUAAGGAUAAGAACUGCCCACUCUAUUUCUGCAUGAAUCACUAUUAUGAGCUUCUUUUUGAGAGGCUAUAAUUGUGCCCUUCAGUAACUGAUUGGAUGAUCCAUGCUGACAUGGCAAAAUUAUCCACUCCCAGUGGAAAUUAAUGGAAGGAAGAUCAGAAGAGAGCAAUGGAUCAGGCAGAGACACAGCAGGCACCCUCCUCUUUGGUAAAAACAGCAUCAUGUCGAGUAAAGGAUCCCUUGAGGAAAGUCCUGAAGACAAUGUCGAUGAGGUUAAUAAGGCUUUAGAGCACUGCUUUAAACAAUUCAAGUUCAGAGAGACUCAUCCACAUGUUUUCUUUAAAGUGAAAGCAAGUAGAUUUGGCCCAGCCAGAUCUAGACGCCGCAUUCUUAUUGCCCCUCCUAUGAAAGGAAUGGCUCCUACUAGCCCCAAACCCCACGUGCUCCUUGGCCCAAAGGAGAAAGAGCAUACUUUGGAAGAACGUCUUGCAGAAACUACAAAAGAUGAACUACAAGACCUGGAAGCUUGGAUUCAGGAGAGGAAAAAACUGUGGGACCUGUUGAACAACUGUGUGAAUCUUGAGAAAUGGUUAGAGGCCAAACAGCCCGUGAAUGAGCUGGAAGCAAGUGUGUUGGGGAAAAUAAGGGAAUGCAAAGAAAUGAAGAUGGCUAAAACUGAAGCCCAGUUAACUACUUCCAGCAGCACUGAGCAUCUGAUGCCAAAGAGAGAACAAAAGAGAGUCAUUCCUCUGAUUCACGCUCCAUACCCCGAGUCCCUCAUCACACUGCAGAAUAUUCUGCACAAGCACAAGCUCAAGUUGGUGGAUAUAUUCAGCAAAGUAGACAAGUCCAGGACCAUGAAGUUCAAGAGAGCAGACUUCCUGAAGGUUUUACAAGCGACCAAGGUGCCUAUCAGUAACGAUAUCUUGGAAGACGUGGUCAUCUACCUCACUUCUACAAGGAAAGGAAACUACAUAACCAAUGAUGAUCUGGUUGAGUGUCAGAAAAUAUGGUUGGAUAAUUUGAGAGAUCAAUGGAGAUCAAAGCCAGAGAGCUCUACUGCCCCUGAAGUUUCUUCCAUUACUGUGAAGACAGGCCCAUCUGCUCAUACCAAGAUCAAAGACUUAGAGUCUCCUGUACCUAAGAAACCAUCCCUGUUGGAAGUUCCCCCCAUCAACACUGAAAUAGAUGCCAUGCAUCUAACUUACAACCAAAUGGAAAUGGUUGGAAAGAGAUACAAGGAAAUGAGACGGCAGUUGAAGAGGAAGAUCGACCCCAUUGAAUGGUUGGAACGAUGUCGAAUGGUGAGGUCCGGAGACCCAGUUGUAGAUGGCCAUUGCCUGCCAAGCACCAUCGAGGGUGAAAUGGGAGAGGUGAUAGACCAGUAUCGAUUGGCUGUCCACCUGGUCUACACUCAGUGUGUCAAGCUCUGUGAAGCAUAUGGAGUGCCACUUACAGAGAGACUGCUGAAAAGGGCUCUACUUUACCCUGGAGAUAGAAUACUAACAGAUGGAAAGAACUAUCGGAAGAUGAGACAACCAGGAGGAUAUUAUUCAUCUUCUACAGACCAAGGUUCAUCGAAAGAACAGUCAAGAAGCUCUUCCAGGGAAAUAGAAAGCAAACCUAUAGUAAAGGCUAAAAAGAAACGGAUCAAAAAGACAGAAUCUCUAAAGUUCCGCUGGAAAUCGUAUGAAGAAUUUAGUCAUCUCAUGAGAGGACACUACAAUAAAAUGUUUCUUCCACUGGACAUCUGGAGUGGAAAAUCACCAAAGGGCAAAUUCCCUACCUCGAAAUUAGCCAUGGCUCGUCAUGCUGGGGACAUAGUCAUUGCACAAGACAUAAUAGAGAGAGAGAUGAAGAGAAUUUUUGCCUUCCUGAACCCCAUGACUGACUCCAACAGUUUCUGGCCGGGACAUCUUCUCGAAAAACUCCGUUUAUAUCUGCCACAAAUGGAGCGGGAUGGAGGGCAUGCAAUUUUCCACCGUGUCUCUCACACACGCCCAGUGUACCCUGGUACCUACAAUCCUUACCGCAACUGGCCAGUCAAUGAGCAGGGAUACGUGACUUAUGGUGAAUCAGAUUCCAAAAAGGAUUAUUAUUAUAUUUGAUGGUGUUUGAGACAGCAACUGUGUAUAAUACGGACAUUUCAUGAAGCAUUGGCUACCCCAGUGGAUCUUCUGCAAUAAGCCAACAUCCUAAGCUAAACAAGGUGAUCAAAAGAUACAAUAAGAAAUCACUGUGAAAAUAUAUGGUAGUAGUAUAGUUUGGCAAGAGUGACUUUUCCAGUCAGUCAGUCAAUGUGUGCCCCAAACACAUUUUGUGAUUUGUAUGAUCAUGCUGCUUGUUCCCAGUGAUAUCCAGUCUGUGCUUUAUAGAAACAGGGGAAUAGCCAUACUGCAGGAAAAUAUCCAUUUUCCCAAUGCACUGUGCGCUGUGGUACAGAAAAUUAGCAGCUCACAGCCUUUGGAAAAGAGUAAUUUAAAAAAAAAAACCAAGUGAUUCUCAGAUGUAUAGUUAUUUUUUGUAGCGAGUCUCUGAUGUUAGUACAAUUUGAGCUUAAUUAUUUAAAAAUCAUUAAAAAUCAACAGUUUGCCCAA